AUGAACUUGCUAUCCUCGGACCUCAGACAAAGACCCGCAUGGACCGAAGUCGUCUUUCAGCUGCUUCAUCAGCCAGGAGGGCAGUGGCAAGAGACUGAGCUGCGCUACAACGACAUCACCCUCAUGGUUCCCAGCGGAAAUAGUUAUCGGGUCCUGCGUCUUCUGUUAUACUCGGCUGUUGAUGUCGGCAAGGCAAGGACGAUGCAGUGGAUCGGCGGAUUAUAUGAUUUCUGUCGCUCGGAUCGAAGUGAUGCUUCGCAGGCAAAGAUUGUUUAUGCGCUUGAGACCGACGAGGAAGGAAAGGAAAAGGGGAUGGAGGGGUUCAUGAAGUUGCAGAUUAGUCUCCUCUCAACUCAAAACCCACCCCUCUCCUCCAUCCCCAUCCUCCCCAUCUCCCACCCUGCAGACCUCCCAUCACUCCUCUCUUCCCUCCAACAACCACCACCAUCCUCUACUCCAGCACCGGCACAAGCUCACAUCCCAAUCCCUCCAACUACCCACGCUCACCACCACCCAAAUAUCUAUCACCACCCAGUAGCACCCUACGUCAACACCUCCAUCCCCAGCAGAGACACCCUCCUCCCGCUCUGCACCGUCCCCACCGCCACCCACCGCAACCGGGCCCGCUCUUAUAUACUCUUUCACCCUCUUUCCCCUCAAUCAUGCGCAAUCCUCAGCGGUCCAAUCUUCAGAAACUUCCCCGGCCUCCGAGAUCUCCUAGAGCUAGUCGAGACGCCAGAGGGGAAAGAACAAAUCAGGAACGCAAUGGCGCUAGCUUCGGGGGGUAAUGAGCAGGUAGAAGUGGAAGUUGAGAGGUUUUUGGCUUUUUGGGAACAUGAGUUUGCUGUUUAG